AUGUCCAGUUGUUUCACACGUGCUAGUUGCUGGGCUCUCAUUCUUUGUGUAUUUUAUUGGGUGUUGGUGAUCAUCCAUGUGGUGAAGGCAUCACCAUCUUCUUCUUCAGUAGCACCUCCAAACUCUUCCAUCCCAGAAAACAGAUCAGCGGUGGGAUUAACAACCCAAUCCAACACUACUGCUAUCAUGAACGAUGAUCAAAGACAUGCCUUCCUAAAGAGAUGUCUCGAAUCCAAUCUCUAUUUUUAUCCACUUCGUUCCUCUCUCAACUCUUCUACACACAACUCUGAAGCUGAAUGUUGUUUCAGAUUGGCAAGAAAUCAUCUCUACAAUCAAGUCAUUGAAGACUUUGAGAAGAUUUCUCCAAACAAGACCAAGCUUCACUACCCCGCAUCGUUUACUCAAAUAUCAUCCAGUUUGAAGACAUGCCAUGGGAUUAUUGAUACUAAUGAUUCACAUCAAAAACAAUGGAUCCAAGGCAAUUUCUCUCAAUUGUUCAAAUCCAUGUCAACAAGUCAAUUGUGGAAUAUUGCUUCUGCUGAAGCUGUCAACGUUCAAGAGGGUAUGGGCAAUUUCCCAAUAGAAACCUACCUUGCUUGUGAUGGAAAUUUCACAUGUAUUUCAAAUGCAAUCAAGCUUUGUGCGAGCCAUAUUGUGUUCACACAUGUUCUCAAAGUACGUCAUAAUGAAACCAAUCGUGACAUUGGGAAGGAGAUUAUUGGUGCUUACUACAAUCAAGUGAUUGAAUCGUGGGGAAUUCAGUCAACAGAGAAUAGGGAUGGUAAAAUGAAUAACCAGACUCUUGCUCAAUUGCUGUGGCAUUCGUGUUCGGAACCAGGUACAAAAGAACUUGUAUUGUUGAGUCCAAAACAAGUUCCUUUUGUUUUUGCACCCAUUCUAUUCAUUGGAAUAGUAACAUUGUUACUCAUUCAACAAUGCAAUUUCAGUGACCAUCCAGUUGAAAUGACAAGUGACAUUUGCGAAAAUCUCGACCCUACCACAACUAUGGAUGUCCCUGGUUCUACAACCUCCGAUCAUUCAUCCACCUCACAAGCUACAGAUAAGGAUCCAGCCAGCACAGACAAUCAAGAUCUUGCAAAUAAUGAUACUACACAUUCAGAGACCAAUAAGCAAGAAUGCAAGACUUCUGUUUCAGAUGAAACAAGUACCAUGAAAAAACCUGCUGGUGAGAUACAACCAACAAGUACAUGUCAUCAAUCAGAAACAUCAUCAAGUGUCGAUCCACAAACUCCUACAGAGAGUUCAUUGAAGCAAGAAAGUAAUGUACAAAGUAAUAUCCUUGUUUCAGAUGAAGCAAAUACCGAGAAAUCUACUGAAGAGAUUCAACAAACAAAUACAUCUGCUUCUCAAUUGGCAAUCACUCAAAAAGAUACUCAAGACAGCUCAUUCAACGAAAAUGAUCAUAAUACUUCACAGACCACAGAUCUUAAUAAUUCAACUCCAUCAUUAUCUACAAGCUCUUCUCAACAAACAGAGUCAUAUGGUGAAGUUUCGAUGGAAAGUCAUCAAGAAGUUAAAUCAGAGAAAUCAGACAAAGAAAUGGAGGAUGGAUCUCCUUUAGAUGGUUCAUCCACUGAUCUUCAGGGAAAGGAACAAGAAGAAACCUCAACAAGGACAACUUGUGAAACAUGUCUGAAUAUUGUCUUGGAUAAUUCAACACACAACACAGAAUGUGAGAAAGCAGAGAAUAAUACAUUAUCCGAAACACCAAUUUCACCCCAUUCUACCAUCCUGCCACAACACCCGAAAUCAUUCUGGAGAGGAAACCGUUGCUUGCUCAGAUUGCAGUUCUGA